UGAAACACAAAUUGUGUUGAAUUUGCAGUAAGUGGCUGUGCAAUUCCUCGGCUGUCUGUACAGUUCACACUUCACCGGGAGAGCCGCAAGAUGAGGGCUUUCAGAGGCGCUGUCAUGUUGAUUGCUGCUGGGUGUAUAAGUCAGAGUUUAAGUGAUGAAACUUCCAAUGCACUGGACUUCAGCUCAAUUGGGAAUAAUUUGCCACUUGCUGAAUCAUUCCCUUGUGUGUGUGGGGUGUUCCUCAGUGGCCAGUUUGUCAAGGGACGCAAGGAUCAACCAAAAGGCAAUGCUGCACUUCUCCAUGAGCAUCCAGACCAUUUCGCCUGUAACCCAUCUGGUAACAAGCAGUGCAUUAAUAAGUGCUUGGAACUUAUUGUGAAACAUCUACCAAACAGCGGAACAAUUCUAUGUGGUGCUAUUGACAGAGACUGCCACAGAGAAAGAGCCUAUCUGUUCAUCAAGAACUGCAAUGACACGUGGAUCAACACAAAUCUGUCUGCAGGACGGGAAUACUGCUGCAAGGAUGGCAUGCCAUACAAAUGUCCAAUUUUGUCCUAAUCUUUAGCAAUUUGGUGACUAACACUUCUGGUAUGGAAUUAUGUAAUGUCACAUUUUACUUAUGACGUAAUGAUACUUCAUGCAAAUAUAAAAAUAAACUAAGGCCACUUGUAGAAAUUAAAUGUUCAACACCACUACCAUAAAACCUCAUUAAUGGAUUCAA